GACAUUUUCACAGUUUGACAUUUGGCCGAUGGGGUUAUGUUGUGAUUUGUGAAAGGAUUACGAAAAAAAGUAUAUUUCAAUUAUUUUAAUUUCCAAUUAAAAUUAAAACACAAAAAUGCCAACUUAUGAAUUAUCAUUAGUCUUACGACAAAUGAGUCGGCCCGAAAUCGUCUCCGUAUUGAAACGAACAGCCGAGUGCAUAUUUGAUAAAGGUGGAAUAAUUCGAAAGCUAGAAAAUCUAGGUUCACGAGCACUACCUCACAAAAUAAGUGAACACGGUCUAGUCCAUCGAGAAGGAAACUAUUUUGCUAUACAAUUUGAUACAGCUCCAACAAAAAUUGUCGAUUUAAAUGAAGAAUAUGGAAGAGAUAUUGACAUUAUUCGCAGGCACAUAUUCAAGCUAGAAGAACCUAAAGCAGUAGAAUGUACUUUGCACGAGGAACUUCAACCACCCGCAUAUAGGAAGGAUGUCCAGAAAAUGAUUGAAAUCGCUAAGAGAAAACAAAAGAAGAAGUACGAUUAUAAUUCUGGUUUGGAUUAUUAUCCAUUCCAGAAAUAGAAUUUUUACCAAAAAAAAUUGUUGUUAUUAAAGGCUUUGUUUUAAAUAAACUUUUAAACUAUA